UGAUUAUUAUUUUUUGUGGUUGGCGGUGGUGUAGUUUUGCAGAUCAGAUGGCGGAAGGAGGAAAUGCGUCGAGGUAUGUGAAAUUGACGAAAGAUCAAGCGCCUCGCGAGGACAUUAAGCCUGGGGAGCUUAAUCAGCCUAUUGAUGUCCCUCAGCUAGCUGGUCGGAAGUGCCAUGAGUGUGGACAACCUCUGCCUGAGAGUUUUGAGCCUCCUGCAGAUGAGCCUUGGACAACUGGGAUUUUUGGAUGUGCAGAAGACAAAGAUAGCUGCUGGAGAGGACUUUUCUGCCCAUGUGUCUUGUUUGGGCAUAAUGUUGAGAGCCUACGAGACGAUGAUACUCCUUGGUCUACUCCUUGCAUUUGUCAUGCCAUUUUCAUUGAGGGUGGAAUUGCUGUUGCAGCUGCAACAGCAGCAUUUCAUGGUAUUGAUCCAAGGACGUCAUUCCUCAUCUGUGAAGGUUUAUUAUUUAGUUGGUGGAUGUGUGGCAUAUACACUGGUCUGGUUCGUCAGUCACUGCAGAAGAAGUAUCAUCUCAAGAAUUCCCCCUGCGACCCCUGCAUGGUGCAUUGCUGCCUGCACUGGUGUGCCUUAUGCCAGGAGCACCGGGAGAUGAAGAGUCGUCUGUCAGAUAACGUUGCCAUGCAAAUGACAAUAGUUAACCCUCCACCUGUUCAGGAGAUGAAUGCUGCUGUCGACAACCGAGAAUCUGGACCAUCCUCUGCAAAUGGGGUCAAUCAAACUAACCUCGAGAUGCAAGCUCUAUGAAGGUUGUUCAUCGUUGCUGUCAACUUGGUAAAUCAGGUAUAGUUGAAACAAGGUGUAUUCUGCUACUGGCAGAGUCAGAUUUGGAGCUAUGUUUAUACAGAUGAAAAUGGAAAAAAGAAAGAUUGUCUUUUUUUAAGGGGUAUGGUUCAUCAUGCAUAUAAAUUUUUUUGGUGAAACGUGGUGUUUCGUGUUCAGGAAGAAGUUAGUGGAUGGGCUUUUUAGACGCACAAACUAGGCUAUUAUAAUGUUUUUUGUUAUCUGCUGAAAAUGCUCAUGACGUUAAAGUUCUUGAACUACAUUAUGUCAUAGGUACCACCCAAUCAAUUUUCUUUUGUUCUUUA